AACUCCUAACAUGGGUUUUCUAAAACAUGUCGACGGAGUAAGAUUAAAAAUAUACCGUCGCCGCCGUCAUGCAUAUAGGACUGCAAGGCAACAAAUGAGCUGGGGGUAUUGAGAGGGAAAUAUCAGGUAUCAAAAAGUCAGGGUGGCGCAGCUAGAUGUAACGAUAACAUGGUGCAUACCAUCACUUCACGUUGGCGAGUUCUGUUGAUAUAGCCUCGUUGGUUCCUCGAAGGGUUCGUUUUCGGUAUCCUCUGUGUUUUGCUCUUUUGUUAUUAUCUAUUUCAUUUUUUGGUAUCUGUGGUUCUGUCCUAUUUAUCCAUUCACUAGUUUUUGGUACUAGUAUCAUUGACAUUGGAGUGAUUCGCGAAAUAUUACUCAAAGCAAGGCUCUGUCAAUCACGCAACACGUAUAUCAACUCCAGCUCGCGAGUGCAAAUCAGAAAGACAAGAAAGAGAUUACAAGAUAUCACACCGCAAGCCAAGGAAACAAUAUGAAGAUUUCAGACUUGGGACUAGUUUGUGUAGCAUGCACGGUUACAUUAAUCCAAGCGGAAAUAUUCUCAACUCCAAUCUACUCUGUAGCAAGAAACUCGACAUACGCAAGAGCAAAACGGGCGGCUGUUAGAGAAGAUAGGAUUGCGAAAAGUAGAACCAAUAGUCAUAGGAAAUAUGAAGUGAAGGGGGAGAGGACUAGGGCUUCAAGACGGAGCACUCAUGAUGAAAGUGGACAGAAGAGGUUAAAGGGUCCACUUGGAGGUGUAGAGAAUGAUGAAGGAUAUUUGGCCGCUGUAAGAGAAGGCAAAGUUGAUGAUGGACGAGCAAGGUACGGGACUGGAGUACCGCAGUGGGUAAGUUUUUGGCUUCUGCAUAAAGAGUGAAUGAUAAUAUUGAUCAAAGCACAAGGACUGGAACGAACUUUUAUAUGUCAUAGAUCUGGAAGUUGGAAGCCCGUCACAGCAUUCACGAGCUCUUCUAUCCAUCUCUGACAACGACAUGUUCAUACCAUCAACCGAUUGUACGGCCACAUGUCAGUUCCAUCAGCUUUACAACCCUUCUUUAUCGAACACGCAGAAGAAGACAGAUAGUUUUUUCGCCAUGGACUACGGACGCUGUUCUGCAUAUGGUGAUGUAAUCUCCGAUACUAUUACUUUUGCCGGCCUUCGAAUCUGGCAACAAUUUGGCGCCGUGGAUAGCAUAGGACGGUUCACGGAUCUCGACUGGGGUAAUCUCGAAUGGGAUGGACUUCUUGGACUAGCCCCGUCAUCCAGGCACUCUCCAAGCUCAAUUUCCAAUCCCUUUCUUAACCUUCAAUCUCAAAAUCUUGUCCAAAACACACUUUUCACCCUUCUACUUCCACAAACCGCAGACACACCUGGUCUCCUCACCUUCGGCACAAUAGACCAUAAUCUUUACACUGGCUCCCUAAAACACCUUCCACUGCUAAGCCAUACCUCCAUCUCCCAAGACCAACCCGCCGCGUUUCCAGAUCUCAUCACCGGUCGCUGGCAAAUCCCUUCCACAUCUUUAACCAUCUCAGGAACAUCCUCUUCCUACAACCUCCGUCCUUAUAUCGCCCUCCUCGAAACAUCUUAUCCCGGAAUUGGACUCCCCUCCUCCCUCGUACUCUCCCUACACAACUAUCUCGAAAUGGAAUUCCGCGGACAUGGCAUCCCUCCUUCGAUUCCCUGCUCCCGUCGUGAUUCUUUACCCACUAUUACCCUGCACCUCGGCGAGCAUGAAUUCCCACUAACGGCAUAUGAAUACACGUUGGAAGUAGAGAGGGAUGAUGUAGGAGGUCAUAGAUGUGUGUCGUUGUUUAUGGAGAGGGAAGAGGAAGAAGGAGAAGUUAGGAGAAUUAUUUUGGGAAGUGGAUUUUUGAGGAAUUGGUUUAGCGUGUUUAAUUUGGGGGAGAGAGAGGUGGCUUUUGGGAAGGUUGGGAUUUUAGGGACGGUAGAUGGAAGAGAGGAAGUGGAUCAUUUGGGAUUAUGAAGGAGUACAAUCAGAUAGAGUGAGAUAUUAGGGUCGGAUGAUGGAGUUGAAUGGUUUGCGGUUUUCAAUCAGGAAUAGGUACCGGAGUUGAAAGUGAAGCCGAAACUGGGAAAUCUGUAUUUUAUUAGUAUAUAUAUCUAAAUUGGUCCGAUGGUAAUAUAAAAGACUUUUCACCUAA